AUGGAACAAUGGGAGAAAAAUUACUACAUAAGUGCCAUAGCAGGGGCUAAUAAUGGGAGCUCAUUAAUAGUCAUGUCUAAGGGUACCCCGUAUCUGCAGCAGUCAUAUAAAGUUAGUGAGUCAUUUCCAUUCAAGUGGAUCAACAAGAAAUGGAGAGAAGGUUUUUACGUUACUGCCAUGGCUACACCUGGAACUAGAUGGGCAAUUGUUAUGUCCCGUGGGGCAGGUUUUUCUGAUCAGGUUGUCGAGUUGGACUUUCUAUAUCCAAGUGAAGGUAUUCAUAGGACGUGGGAUUCUGGCUAUCGCAUCACAUCAACUGCAGCAACAUGGGAUCAAACUGCCCUUGUUCUUAGCAAUCCACGACGGAAACCUUCAGAUGAAACACAAGAAACACUUCGGACUUCUGCUUUCCCAAGCACACAUGUUAAGGAGAAAUGUUUUCGUUGUCAAGGUGUUGGACACAUUGUUGGUAAGAUGCAAAGUGACAAGCAACAACAGCGGAGCCCUUAG